AUGGCCAUCGGCAGUCCGGCUCCCCCGCAGCACGCUGCGCAAUCACCUUCGGUGCACAGCACCGGCAUCGACAUUGAUGCGUGGACGAUAUCGGCACUUCAAUCGCUCAGCGUCUCGCCGAUCGCCCGCGGCACUGGCACGCCACUAUCCAUCCCGAUUGACGAACAUGUACUUCCGAAAACGCGCACAGUGACGGCAGAUGGCCGAGCCGUCAAAUUCGAUACCGAAGAGGCCGUGACGCCGCCCCGGCGGCCCCCCUCGCGACGCGAUAGCAUGGCGCGCCGCGAGGCGCUCCUCAAAGGCAAGGAAGGCAGCCGUCAGCGCCGCCGCUGGGAAAAUGACCGUCUCAUUGGCGUCCCCAAUGCGCAGCCGCCGCAGCCGACCGACUGGCAGGUCCAGCCCACGCACCCCAUCCACGACGUGCCGUACCAGCUGGCGCAGUUUUGGGACCGCGGCGUGCGCGAGCGCGUCGGCGACAAGACGCGGCGCCUGCAGGCCACCCGCAAGAAGCAGCAGCUCCUUAGCGGCAGUGCUACGGGGCUGGGCGUCGGCGAGGUCUCGCGCGACCUGCGCGAGUCGGCCAAGCGGUCGCCCGUCGUCAAGGGCUGGGUGCGCGCGCUCGAGGAGCCGGUGCGGCAGUUUAUCCACGCGCGCACCAUGGGCGGCGGCGCGGAGCGGCCGGCUGAGGAGCAGGAGGACGAUGAUGAGCUGGACUCGGAUGAAGAGGAGAUUGUGUUUGCGGGCCGCUUGGAUGCGAUGCGCGAGCUGCGCGAGAAGAAGAAGGCGGCCGGCAAGCGGCGCGCGGCGCGCAGGGAGGUGCAGAGGGAGACGGUGGACGAGGGCGUCGUGUUUGACUCGUUUGGGGACGACGAGAGCAGCGCGUCGUUUAAGCGCUGGCUGACGCACUCCAUCUCCGACUACUACGGCCUGGCGUCGAGGUCCGUCCUGGUGAGCGGCUCGUCGCACAAGGUGGUGUAUGUUGGGCUGAAGCAGGCUCAUCACAUGGCGCCAGUGGCAGCCAUCUCCAGGAUGCCACGGCCUCUGUGGGAGCUGUGCUGA